CUUGGAUCCAGUUUCAUUUUCGUCGCUCGCUCGCUCGCUCUCCCUCUCUCUCUCUCAAGAGUUUCGAACGGUGGAGGCCUGCAACUGGGAGAGAUGGGGGAUUCUCGUGAAUCCGAUGUGACCUCGAUGGGGAUGACAGGUGCCGCAUCCGACCGUCCGUCAAGGAGGCCGAGGCUGUUCAUAAAGGAGAUGGUCCUCAGGAACUUCAAGUCCUACGCGGGCGAGCAGCGGAUCGGCCCUUUCCACAAGAGUUUCUCGGCUGUCGUUGGCCCCAAUGGUAGCGGAAAGAGUAACGUCAUAGAUGCCAUGCUAUUUGUAUUCGGAAAGCGGGCGAAACAGAUGCGGCUGAAUAAGGUUUCCGAGUUGAUUCAUAAUUCCAGCAACCAUCAGAAUUUGGACAGCGCUGGCGUGUCUGUGCACUUCCAGGAGAUCAUUGAUCUGGACGAUGGGACUUACGAACCUGUUGCUGGGAGUGAUUUUGUUAUCACGAGAGUUGCGUUUAGGGACAAUUCUUCAAAGUACUAUAUAAAUACCCGAGGAAGCAAUUUUACUGAAGUUACUAGGAAACUCAAGGGAAAAGGAGUUGACCUCGACAACAAUCGUUUCUUGAUUCUUCAGGGAGAAGUGGAACAGAUCUCUCUGAUGAAGCCCAAAGCCCAAGGGCCUCACGACGAAGGAUUCUUGGAAUACCUUGAAGAUAUCAUUGGUACUAACCAAUAUGUCGAAAAAAUUGAAGAAGCUAGCAAGAAUCUUGAAUCUCUUAAUGACAAGAGGUCUGGUGUCGUGCAAAUGGUUAAGUUGGCUGAGAAAGAAAAAGACAACUUAGAGAAUGUGAAAAAUGAGGCCGAAGCUUUCAUGCUGAAGGAGUUGGCACAUAUGAAAUGGCAGGAAAAGGCAACUAAGUUGGCUUUGGAGGACUCCUCUUCUAAUCUUACAGACUUCCAAGCAAACGUUCACAGUCUUGAACAAAAUUUGAAGGAAGAAAGAGAAAAGUUCAAUGAAAACGUUAAAUCAUUGAAGGAACUUGAAGCAAUUCAUAACAAGUACUUGAAGCAGCAAGAGGAACUCGAUAACGAUUUGAGAAGUUGUAAAGAAGAAUUUAAGGACUUUGAAAGGCAGGAUGUGAAGUAUAGGGAAGAUUUAAAGCACAUGAAACAAAAAAUCAAGAAAUUACAGGAUAAGAUAGAAAAGGAUUCUUCUAAGAUUGAUGAAAUACAUAAGGAGACUGAAGAAGCAAACAUACUGAUCCCAAAGCAUGAGCAGGAAAUAUCUCAGCUCCAGCAGACUUUAAUGGAAGAAGAAAAAAUCUUAGAGGAAAUAAAGGAGUUGUCAAAAGUGGAUACUGAAAAAUACAGAAUGGAACUUACGGAAGUUCGUGCUCAGUUGGAACCUUGGGAAAAGCAACUCAUAGGAUGUAAGGGGAGAUUGGAUGUUGCAUCCGCUGAAAGUAAGCUCUUAAAAGAAAAGCAUGAUGCUGGUAGGAAGGCUUUCGAAGAUGCCGAACACCAAAUGACAGAAAUAGCAGACGAUAUUAGAUCGAAGACUGCAGAUAUUUUAAAGAUUCAAAGCAACAUCGACGAAAACAAGCGUGAUGCAUUUGCAGCUCGUAAAGAGGAACAGGACUUGAUCAGAACAGAGGAGUCACUUAUACCUCUUGAGCAAGCCGCUAGACAAAAGGUGGCCGAGCUGCAUUCCGCUCUGGAAUCAGAACAAAGUCAAGGUUCUGUUCUAAAAGCGAUUUUGCAAGCAAAAGAAACAAAGCAAAUUGAUGGGAUAUAUGGACGUCUUGGGGACUUGGGUGCGAUUGAUGCCAAGUAUGAUGUUGCUAUAUCAACUGCAUGCAGUGGACUUGAUUAUGUUGUUGUAGAGACAACUUUGGCAGCACAAGCUUGUGUCGAGUUGCUCCGAAGCAAGAAUCUUGGCAUCGCAACCUUCAUGAUUUUGGAGAAGCAGGAAGUGCAUCUUCCUAAAUUGAAAGGGAAGGUCAAUACACCAGAAAGGGUUCCUCGCCUUUUUGAUUUGAUAAAGGUUCAAAAUGAGCGAAUCAAGCUGGCUUUCUAUGCAGUGCUAGGAAACACAGUGGUUGCACAAAAUCUGGAUCAGGCAACACGGAUUGCAUACGGUGAAAACAAGGAAUUCAGACGUGUGGUGACCUUGGAAGGAGCUCUCUUUGAAAAGUCAGGUACGAUGAGCGGUGGAGGUGGGAAGCCUCGUGGUGGUAAAAUGGGAACGUCAAUUAAGGCUAGUGUUUCCACUGAAGCUGUUGGAAAUGCCGAGAAGGAACUCGCUUUGCUUGUCGACCAGCUCGCUGUCUUACGUCUAAAGAUUGUCACUGCUGGAAAGCGUUAUCAGGCUUCAGAAAAGGCAUUAGCCAAUCUAGAAAUACAUCUAGCCAAGACUCAGAUGGAGAUAGAAACUCUGAAUGCUAGGCAUUCUGAUAUGGAGAAGCAGCUUCCUUUUCUGAAAAAUGAGUCACUUCCUAAAAAGGCUGAGGCAGCUAGAUUGGCGGAGCUUGACAAAAUUAUAAGUUACGAGGAAAAGGAUCUCUCCAAGCUGGUGACUGGAUCAAAAGGUCUCAAAGAGAAGGCUUUUGAGCUCCAGAGCAAAAUAGAGAAUGCAGGGGGUGAAAAGCUGAAGAUACAAAAGCUUAAAGUCGAGAAGUUACAGUCUGAUAUUGACAAAUUAUGCACAGAAAUCAAUCAACACAAAGUUCAGAUUACGACUGGUCAAAAGAUGGUGAAGAAGCUGACGAAAUCAGUAGAAGAAUCAAUAAGGGAAAAGGAGAAGACUAUUGCUGACAAAGACAACAUGAUAGCUGGAUUCAAAGUGGUGGAACAAAAAGCCUUUGUCGUGCAAGAAAACUACCAAAAGACUCAAGAGCUGAUAGAGAAACACAAGGAUGUCCUCGAUAGUGCCAAGGAGGAAUACAGUAAACUUAAGAAGGCAACCGAUGCUCUCCGUACUGCUGAGGUUGACGUGGAAUUUAAAUUGCAAGACACAAAGAAACUUUUGAAAGAUUGUGAAAUGAAAGCGAAGGGAUAUAAGAAGAAACUUGAAGAAAUUCAAAGAGAUAUUCUGAAACACCUUGAACAGCUUCAGGUGGAUGGGAUCGAAGCUGAAAAGGUGCAAAUGAUUAUAAAUGACGAGUCGUUAUCUGAGUCAUGUGAUUUAUCAAAAGCACGAGAGAUGGUGACUUUGCUUGAAGCUCAGUUGAAGGAGAUGAAACCGAACUUGGAUUCAAUAUCAGAGUACAGGAAAAAGGCAUCCUUGUACAAUGUUCGUGUGGAGGAAUUAAAUGCUGUUACUUUAGAACGAGAUGAUAUAAAGAGGCAAUAUGAUGAAUUGAGAACGAAACGGUUGGAUGAGUUUAUGGCAGGGUUCAACACCAUAUCUCUCAAGUUAAAAGAAAUGUAUCAGAUGAUCACGCUUGGUGGAGAUGCGGAGCUGGAGCUUGUUGAUUCCUUAGAUCCUUUCUCGGAAGGAGUAGUUUUCAGUGUCAGGCCUCCUAAGAAGAGUUGGAAAAAUAUUGCAAAUUUAUCCGGUGGAGAGAAGACGUUAAGCUCAUUGGCUCUGGUCUUCGCGCUCCACCACUACAAACCAACUCCACUUUAUGUGAUGGACGAGAUAGACGCUGCGCUUGAUUUCAAGAACGUCUCCAUAGUGGGGCACUAUGUCAAGGACAGAACUAAAGAUGCACAAUUUAUAAUCAUAAGCCUGAGAAAUAACAUGUUCGAGCUUGCGGAUCGACUGAUUGGCAUCUACAAAACUGAGAACUGCACAAAGAGCAUUACAAUUAAUCCUGGAAGCUUUGCCCAGAAGGCUUUUUGAGGCACAGUAAAACGGCAAAGACAGAACCUCUUCCGGCGGAUUGAUGGUUGUCGACGUGUUGCAGCUGAGGGGCCUGCGUACAGCGGCAAGAGGCUUCACAAGAAGACACAGGCAAGUGCUGGUGAUCUAGGUGCGAAAUCGUCCUUUUCUCUACGUUUUGAACGUUUUCGGGUGCGGCAAGGAUAGAAUCAGAGCUCUACCAUGAACGGCGUUUCAUUGCUCCUAAUCGGACUUAAAUCACGUUGUAAGGUUUUUACUACUGCCUGUGGUCCGGUUGUAGAAUAUUUAAUGCUGGUGAGUUAAAUCGACUGGAAUUCUGAAAGUCUGCCAAUUCUCAAGAGUGUUUGGGUCAAAGGCAAAAGCCACUCAUCUUUUCAGAAUCUCUUGGUUGCUUUUUCAGUGUGUAAAGUACUGAAAGUUAUCUAUUGGUUGGCUUCUAA